ACAGCUGGGAAGAUGGCGACCUUCGGCACAGCUGCUUUUGCGGCUUGGGCACCUUGUCGGAGCUUGGGCUGGACGACCGUCUCUUUCGUUUCCCACCGCGGCCUCAGCGCCUUACUUGCACGGAAUCCCAUGCUGGCGCCUUCGUGGCUCCCAGCUUGCAGACAAAAGAGCACAGUCUCUUUCCUUAGUCGACCAGACCUUCCAAAGUUGGCUUAUAAGAAGCUAAAAGGCAAAAGUCCAGGAAUUAUCUUCAUCCCUGGCUAUCUUUCUAAUAUGAAUGGUACAAAAGCAUUGGAGAUUGAGGAGUUUUGCAAAUCUCUAGGCCACGCCUUUAUAAGGUUUGAUUACUCGGGUGUUGGAAAUUCAGAUGGCAUCUUAGAAGAAGGCACAGUAGGGAAAUGGAGAAAAGAUGUUCUUUCUAUAAUUGAUAGCUUAGCUGAUGGACCACAGAUACUAGUUGGAUCUAGCCUUGGUGGGUGGCUUAUGUUUCAUGCUGCCAUUGCACGGCCAGAAAAGGUUGCUGCUCUUAUUGGUAUAGCUACAGCUGCGGACAGUCUAGUGACACAAUUCAAUCAGCUUUCUGUUGAGGUAAAAAAGGAAAUAGAAAUGAAAGGCGAGUGGGUAAUACCUACAAAAUAUACUGAAGAAGGAACGUACCACAUUCAGUACAGUUUUAUUAAAGAAGCUGAACAUCACUGCUUGUUACAUAGCCCUAUUCCUGUGAACUGCCCUAUACGAUUACUCCAUGGCAUGAAGGAUGACAUCGUACCAUGGCAUACAUCCUUGCAGGUCGCUGACCGAGUCAUCAGCACAGACGUUGAUAUUGUCCUCCGAAAAGAUAGUGAUCACCGAAUGAAGGAAAAAGCAGACAUUCAACUUAUUGUUUACACUAUUGAUGACUUAAUUGAUAAGCUUACAACUUCAACUUGA